AGUGAGGUGUUCUCUCGUUUGUGUCUGGAAGUAACUAGCAGUGUGCGCUCUGAACGCUCCAACAGCCGAAACGCUCGGGAUUUAGCAACUGACAAUCUGAUAUGACAACGCUCUGAAUUUACGAACGKCCAGAGCACACUCCGGCACUCCAGAGUGAAUUUACGAACGCACCCAUAGUUGAUAUGAGACUUGGUCGUCUGAUUCGGUUCGGUGGCAGCAACUAACAGUACCUAUGGGGCGGAGUUAUGGGAGAGACCCGAAUCAGCUUCCAAAACGUUUGUUUGUUCGUCGCGAUGGUCAGUAAUGCCGCGUUCACAACACCUGGGAACUCGGAAAUAUCCGACUUCAUUGCCUUCAAACCAACUGGGAAAUCAGAAAUCUGACUUCAGUGCGUUCAAAACAAAUGGGAACUCGGGGAAAAAACGUGCUCCGACUGGGAAAAUCUAUUUGAACGGUGAUCCAACUCGGGGACUCUUUCUAGAGCUCUGACCUGGAGAUCACUGACGUCAUGAUUUGGUCUCGUAUUGUUCCCAGUUGUUUUGUUCGUUAGACAGUCGGAUCUGGCACUGACGCCGGGUCAUGGAGGAGAGGACGGUCUUUUGCGGUUUCAAAACAACUGGGAACUUCGGAAUAACAGAGGUCUUGACGUGAUGAUAUUAACGUCGGAGCUCUAGAAAGAUGCCCGAGUAUCCGACUUGAAUACCGAGUUAGAUGACCGUUCACAAUGUGUUUUUCCCAGUCUGAGAUCGUUUAAUUGUUGUUCCCAGUUGUSUUGAACGCCCUGAAGUUGGAGAUUUCCGAGUUCCCAGUUGUUUUGAACACGGCAUUGUGCCCAAACCAGAAAACCCKAAGUGUCACGCCAACGACAGAUCGCAACAUCCACAAUGGAACUUUCAUAUCAAUCUAUUAAAACCGCGAAUCAAGCAAGAGAGGCGGAUGAAAUGAGAACAGAGUCCAGAAGAAGAAAUCUACUCAUAUUAAUCUUUCAUCAUUUAAUGGAGGCAGGGUACAUGGAUGCUGCCAGUGCUCUGGAACAGGAUACCAAUGUCGUACUGCGGCGGUUUGAAGUGUGUGACAAUAUAGACCUGGACACAGUGUUGAUGGAGUAUGAGAGUUACUACUUCAUCAAGUUCCAGAGAUAUCCCAAACUAACCAAGAAACUGCCAGAACCAGUUGAAAGUAAACAUCCAAGAAGUUGUGGAAAAAAGAGGGUCCCCUGUACUGGAGUUCAGCCCCUCCCCAGAAUAAACUCCUCCCACAGACCCCCCUCCAGGGGUGGAGUCAAGAAGACAGAACCCAAGAUGGUGAUCAAGGACGCCAGUAAAGCUGUUGGUGAGAACGGUGGGCGCUCCUCUCCUCCAGAAUCGACAGAGUUCGGCCUGAAUGUUUCCCCCAUCGUCAGGAGCGGAGCAGGAGAAGGACAGAUGAAGAAGGGUCAGCUGAUUGACUACAGAGAGCUAGUCCAGGAUGCAUCCAACAGUCUGUCAGAACCCAUGGUACUGUACUCUGACCCCUAACCCUACUGUCCAGACCCCAUGGUACUGUACUCUGACCCCUAACCCUACCGUCCAGACCCCAUGGUACUGUACUCUGACCCCUAACCCUACUGUCAGACCCC